CGUGUGUUUGUGUGUCAGAGGCUGGCAGCAGCAGCAGCAGCAGACGGGGAACAGAGAGGGAUGGAGCGGUGCGCUGCCCGGUGGUGGAGGGGCUGAGGCGGUAACACACUUUCUACAUCCCAUCCCUUCCCUUUCCUGAGCGCAUCAGCGAGCUCUGAUCCAUAGGUUGGAAAAGCAGAGAGAGAGAUCAUCACAGACAAAGAUCACAGAAAAUGUAACAAUUACGAGUGGAGGAGAGAGCUGUGGAAAAAAAGAAGGAAGAGAGAGUGGAGGGAUUUUAAGGAAAGCGACGGCAUCAAAGUCUACAUUAUUAAGGAGGAUUUGAGGAGUCUGCGUUUAUAAUCCGACAUCAGAGGCGGAAUGUGAAUCCAAAUAACUUAUGUUAAUUAGAGAUUUUAACGAAUGUGAUGCGAUUUGAACGGCUCUGAAGCACCGAGAGGAGAAUGUGAGAUUGGACACUUGAAUUUGAAAUAUCUGUGGAUUUUUAUUUUUUAUUUUUUUAAUUUUUUUAGGGGGAGAUCUGCCUGUGUUCACCGUCGAUUUGCUUCCCCUUAAGAACUGAUUGUGAAUCCGGUCAUUUUUUAACAGGCUGCCAGGGGUUGUGCUUGUGUCCGACUCACACUGGAGUUACCAUGAUUUCAGACUGAGGGGAUGGUUUUACAGAGCGCCUGUUUUUGCCAAUGAUUGCCGCCUCAUUUCACGGGUCGGACUGAGACUUUGUGAAGAAAAAAAAACACAGGGGGAGACAGUUAUUUGCCAGCCUGCAAGUCAACACGGUGGAUCGCGAGAAAAAAAAUCCACGAAAAAGCUCACUUCACAACUUUUGCGUCUGGAAUAUAAGAAUAGAUGAUUCUCAGAGGACAUAAGACGAGAAACACCUAAAAGGCCUGCAAGAUGUUCAGAAGGGGCUGUGGGCUGGAGUUCCUGCUGGUUCUCUGUGGGCUCGAGCUUUCCUGGUCCUGCCCCCAUCACUGUAUCUGCUACGCUGCACCCAGCACGGUCUCCUGUCAAUCCCACAACUUUUUGUCAGUUCCUGAAGGCAUCCCUCCUGAUAGUGAACGCAUCUUCUUACAGUACAAUAAAAUCCACCGCUUACUACGGGGCCACUUCAGUACCAACACCGUCACGCUCUGGAUCUACUUCAACAAUAUCACGUACAUCGAGCCCUCCACCUUCCAUGGCUUUACGUUGCUGGAGGAGUUGGAUCUGGGAGACAACCACCACCUGCGCUCCUUGGCUGAAGACACCUUUCACGGGUUGACUCGGCUCAGCUCGCUUCACCUGUACCGCUGUGGGCUCAGUUCACUUCCAAAUAACAUCUUCCAAGGCCUCAGAAGUCUACAGUAUCUCUACUUGCAGGAUAACCAUCUGAAGUUCCUGCAAGAUGACAUAUUUAUGGAUCUCCACAACCUGAGCCACCUCUUCCUGCAUGGGAACCGUCUGUGGAGCCUGAAUCAGAAUACCUUCAGAGGUCUUCGAGCUUUGGACCGUUUGCUUCUGCACCAAAACCAACUAGAGUGGGUAGACCGUUUGGCCUUCCAUGACCUGAAACGUCUCACCACCCUUUACCUGUUCAACAAUUCCCUGAUAGAGCUGUCCGGACAGUGCCUGGACCAGCUGCCCGCCCUGGAGUACCUACGCCUCAACGACAACCCUUGGUCAUGUGACUGUAAGGCCUUGUCACUAUGGGAAUGGUUGAAACGUUUCCGAGGUUCGACAUCUUCAGUGGGUUGCCAGGCGCCUCCUGAUAUGGUUGGGAAAGACCUCAAAGAGCUCCGCAAGGAGGACUUCCCCAACUGUUCGCCAACUGUCCCUAACUCUGAGUCCAGAGCCCAGACUAACAAUUUAUCUGGCACAGUGAAUCCGAAUCGUGGAGUAGCAGUGGGCUCUGGAGGGCAGACCCACAUAGUUCACCCGUCGAGGCCCGGCCGUUCUCGGAACUGCACAAAGCCUCGCAACAGGGUGAGCAAGGGGAAGGGUGACAAUGAGGUUCACCACUCGAAAGAGGUCAUGGCAGACAAGGAGGAUUCCUCCCCAGAUUUCACAGAGGGGGGAAAACAUGACCACACGUCCCCAGAUGGCACGGUCACACGGAGGAAGCACAAGUGCAAUCCCCGGACCACUGUUCGCCCCCCUAGUGGGGUCCAGCAAGCCAACAAUAGGGCAACCUUAUCCCAGUCCUUACUAUAUGUCUAUGCCCUCUUUGUGACCUUGAUAGUGACAAAUAUUGACUACAUUCUCCGUUGACCUUCAGAGGGCUUAGCAAAUGCUAAUCACAGAAAGAAAAAAACACAGCCCUCAGACCCUCUCUUGCUCCUGCACUACAAGGCCUGGGUGUCUUUUAAUUAUGUGCGUGAGUGUGAUUAUAUGUGUAAAUGUCGUGUAGGGAGCUUUACUGUUCAGACUGAAACAGGUAUCAAAGCAUAAAACAUCUACAAGAGAAAGACUCACAGCACAGGAAUCAGAGGGACUGAGAAAGACAAACGGUGAAUGCAGACCAAGCUUGCACUGCCAAUGCCAGUAUGAUUUCAUCACCGUACAUCUUGGUGUCUUAUCUAUUUUUGUUUCCUUUUGUUUGUCACUUAGCUGGAGCUCAGAUAACCAAAAUUUGGUGAAAAAAAGAGAGCAAAAGAUUAAGAGAUGACAGAGAAAGCGAGGUAACUUGCUAGCUAGUUGACUCUGAAACAAAUGAGGUAGGUCUUCACGUGCGCCACUGAGCUUUAAUUUGGAGUUUGUUAUUAAGAAGGUAUGAAUGAAAAGUCGAUGAACCUGUGAGGCCUCCAGUGUAAGUCUUAUCUUGAUCUCAUCCUGUCCUGUUGCAUCCUUUGCAAACAACAUGUCCAAACAAUUGGUUGUGUUUCUAAUAAAUAAAGAGGUGAGCAUGGCAAUAAACUGUCAGUCAAUAACAGACACAGCAAUUUGCCAUUCUCACUGCAGAGUGAAAAUCUAUAGCCGCAGAUGUUUUAAGGCCAUAAAAAGAACAAGCAGUGAGCUCAUACACCGUAUGAGGCCGUAACAAAUUCUAACACCUACUCUCUAUAUAAUGCUGGCUUUUUUCAGGUACUAUACCUUCUGCCUAACAGUCUUUCUGCACACAACUCUUUCUGACAUCUUCAUUCACACCACUUCACUCCUUCUGUGCAACUGAAGAUUAAGCUGCUAAUUGUUUCAAGAUGAUGACUGCCAUCCGCUACUUUGAUUUGCUUGGGAAACAAUGUACGUCUGUGGGAGAUAAAGCUGUGAAUAUUGAAGAAGUCUGUCUAUAUCUCGUGUCAGAUGUUGUUCAUUUGAUUUUUUAAGACACAAAACGGACCUACAGAUGGAUUCCCUGCUGCAAGGGGCCAACAGGAGCCUUAGAGGUCAGUGGUCAUGUGGGGUGGGGGUUUCUCAAUUUCCUGGUGAGGUUGUGUUGAACUGAUCCCUCCUCGGUGAGAACUUCCUGCCCUCACUGAGAAUGUGAGGAACAGAUUUUUUUCUCAAUCACCGAACUUCAAAAGAGAGCAAGACUCUUGAAAAAAAAUGUACCUUAAAUGACUCAAUAACGAACAAUCUGAACAGAGUAUGGCAAAACUGGGGUAAUGCAGCAAGAAUGAUGCCUCUUUAUUAACUGAUGCGAUUGUCUAAGGAUGUGGGCAUCUAAGACCAAGACAAUCGCUUCUGAGGUGAUAAAGGAUGCGGUAAAAUGCUGACUCUUGGAUGGACUAUUACGGGACAUCUUGCUGUACUUCUGGAGCUUUUGUGCCUCCCUUAAAUGUACUGAUACAAUUGUGUUUGUAUCAAUGAUGUGAACUGUACCAGUGGAGACAAGAGGACUUCUUGCAGUGCUGAUAUUAAUCAUUUACUGUAUUACUAUGAGAAAAACAAUAUCAGUGACAUCAAUGAUGAUAACAGGGUUUUCUGCUCCUCCUGUCGGGAGGAGCGCUUCGAUUUCUGAUUUUCUGGUGAUUUGUUUAUUUUACGUAUUUUUCAUGUUAUAUUUUUAGAAACUUUUAUUUGUCAAUGCACAACUCCUCACCACCCGAUUUCUUGUUCUACUGUAUGCCUACCCAUGUUUUUUUCUUUGCCAUAAUAAAAUUGUUCAGUAAGUUAUCAUCAGAGAACAACAGUACAAAAAUGUUUAUAAAGAUAUUAAAAUCUAUAUCUUCUUAUGUCUA